CUCAGUCAGCUGUGAAAAAAUGGCUGACUUUGGAGACGUCCUAAGGAACAUUGGGGAGUUUGGAACCUUCCAAAAGCUCAUGGUUUUUGCACUUUGUGUUCCAAAUAUUAUUUUGCCUUUUCAAUUUGCCUGCGUGUUUUUUAUCCAGUCCGACCCGGAGCGACAUUGUAACACGGACUGGAUCCUGAAGGCCGACGCUAACCUGACCCGGCAGGAGCAGCUGAACCUGACCGUUCCUCUUGAACAGGAUGGUUCUUUCAGCAGGUGUCGCAUGUUUGUUCCAGUGGACUGGGACAUCAGGACCAUCAGGGAACACGGACUCAACGAGACCACGGGGUGCCAGAAUGGUUGGGUGUACAACAGUGAACUUUAUACAGCCACCAUAGUCACUGAUUUUGAUCUGGUAUGUGAUCGGGCUUUUUUACUGCAACUGGCACAAACAGUAAUGAUGACGGGCAUUCUGCUUGGUUGUCUCUUAUUUGGACCUUUUGCUGAAUCGUUUGGUCGCAAACGAGCAGUUCAAAUACCGAUGGUUGCAAACCUCAUUUUUACUCUCACCAGUGCCUUGUGCCCCAACUUCCUGCUUUUUCUGCUCUCCCAGUUUUUGAUGGGCAUUGGCUAUGGAGGUUUUCGGAUGAAUGCAAUCAUAUUAGCCACAGAGUGGAUUGGACCGUCCAAGAGGUCUUGGGGAACAUGCGUGACCCAACUAUUUGGUGCAUUAGGACAGGCCAUCCUUGCUGGUGUGAUCUACUUUAUCAGAGACUGGAAACUAGCUCAGUUUAUCACCGCAGCUCCACUGGCAGUCAUUUGUAUUUAUAUAUGGUUCCUUCCAGAGUCCGCCAGGUGGUUGUUGGACAGAGGGAGGACAGAAGAAGCUAAAAAGUUGCUGUUAAAGGUGGCAGCUGUCAAUAAACGCACCUUCAAAGACUCUCUCCUGGAAAAGAUUGUCGUGAAAGAGAAAAAGGAGAAAAAGAGCGGCGUUUUAAUAAUCGUCCAGUCUUCUGUGCUUCGGAAGUAUUUCUUCAUCUUAUUAUUUGCAUGGUUCUCAGUGAAUGUUGCGUACUAUUGCGUUUCAUUCAAUGUGGGGGACUUUGGCUUGGACGUGUUUAUGACACAGCUCUUGUUUGGUCUGACGGAAACGCCUGCUCAGAUUCUUUGCAUGUGGCUGCUGGAAGCACUGGGGAGAAGAAUAUCCUUCAUCUCCACACUCCUGGUUGGGGGGCUCUUGUCCGUCUUGAUGCUCGCGUUCAGUCCAGGAUAUCCUGUGGCUGUAACUGCACUGGCGACAUCAGGACGUUUCUUGGCUAACUGGGCCGCAUCCAUAUGUAAUGUUUAUGUUCAAGAGUUAUUCCCAACCUCUUGUCGACAAACAGCCUCGGGUUUGGGCUCCGUCGCAAGCCGGGCUGGUGGUUUGAUCGCCCCUUUGGUCAACAUGCUGGCUACGUACCACUGGUCCAUACCUAUCGUUAUCUUCAGCGGCCUGACGCUGAUCAGCGGGAUUCUCAGCUUCGCGCUUCCUGAGACUCGAGGGAUUGAACUACCAGAUUCGACCGACGAUGCUGAGGGCAACAGGAAUAAGAAGAUGACCAAGAAAGAGUGUGAAUCAAAUGUCCACAUCAAAUCCAGUAAACUGUAGUGUUUUCUAUACUACGAACAGCUACGAACAAGAUGCACACUAAAAAAUGUUGGGUCGAAAAAAUAACCCAAUUUUAAACCAACUGCUGGUUCAGAAAAGGACGAACCCCUUAUUUGAGUUAUUUUAACUCAACAUUUUGGGUUAAUUCUUUCAACCCAACUUUUGCGUUGAAUUAUUUAAUCCACAAGUUAAGUUAUGCUAACUCAAUGUUGGUUGAUUCAUAACCCAACUAAUGGGUUGAAUUUAUUUAACACAAAAGUUGAAGUAUGCUCACUACAAUGUUGGGUUAUUCCAAACCCAACUAUUGGGUUACGCAAUUUAGCGCUCCUUGCAUACUUGCCAACCCUCACAGAUUUUCCGGGAGACUCCCGAAAUUCAGCGCCUCUCCCGAAAACCUCCCGGGACAAAUUUUCUCCCGAAAAUCUCCCGAAAUUCUGGCGGAGCUGGAGGCCACGCCCCCUCCAGGUUUAUUGUUAGGCAGUUUCAUUAACGUCCUCCCAGCGCGGCAACAACACAUAACAACAGCAGUCACGUUUUGUCUACCGUAAAGCAGUUUGUCUGCCGUAAACAGCAAUGUUUUGACACUCUUAAACAGGACAAUACUGCCAUCUACUGGACAUGCAUAUGUAACAAUAACAUCUACGGCUUUUAGAGAGUGCAGUGCACAACUGCGCACACAACAAGGAGACGAAACGGAAUGCAUCAUCAGAGAGGGUGUUCAGCAUGGUUAGAAAAAUAGUGACAGAGAAUAGAACAAGGAUGGACAAUUCAACCCUUAACUCAACAAUGAGUAGAUGAGUGUUAUGUGUGUGUAUAUGUGUAAAUAA